AUGGCACAUGCCUGGACCGUGUCUACCCUGCUUCUGCUCAUAACAUGGACAGCCAAAGAGUCUCAUGGAUCAAAAUCCAAUAAAUCUACCUUAGUGGAACUUUUAGAACAUUUGAUGGAUGGAUACAACAAGGGUGUGAGACCUGUAAAGAAUUGGAGGCAACCCACCACUGUGUAUAUAGAGAUAUCCAUAUAUACCAUUCUUGGAGUUGAUGAGAAGAAUCAAUUAGUCAAAACGUAUAUCUGGUACAAUCAGUCUUGGGUGGAUGAGUUUCUCCUGUGGGAUCCAAUUCAGUUUGACAACGUGACCUAUAUUUCAAUUCCUACGCAGUCAAUUUGGCUUCCAGAUAUUAUGAUUGAAGAAGCAGUGGGACCUAGAGAGUCUUCCGAUGUCCCUUAUGUUUAUGUGAACAGUAGAGGAAGAGUGUUCAACAACAAUCCUAUUCGCCUAAUGACGUCCUGCAACCUUAAUAUCUACUUUUUCCCUUUUGAUGUUCUGAACUGCUCCCUCUCAUUCAGCAGCUGGCUUCAUACAACUCAUGAUAUAAACAUAUCAUUUUGGCGAACAACAGAAGAUCUGACAUUGCUCAAAAAUCCAUCUGUGACCGAAGGCGAGUGGGACCUUACCCAUGUGCUGCCCAGCUACACAGAAUUUACUGACAAUGACGGCAAAUAUGGAAAGAUAACAUUCUAUAUUGUUCUCAAAAGAAAACCUCUGUUUUACACUGUGAACCUGAUACUCCCCAGUGUUCUCCUCAUGAUCAUGGACAUGGUUGGGUUCUACCUCCCUCCAGAGAGUGGAGAGAGGAUAUCUUUCAAAAUCACCCUUCUACUUGGUUACUCCGUCUUUCUCAUUAUUGUAUCGGAUACAUUACCUGCAACCGGAGCUCCAUUAAUAGGCGUAUACUUUGUGAUGUGUAUGCUGCUACUUGUAAUAAGUUUGACAGAAAGCAUCCUAAUAGUUCAAUUAAUUCAUCAGCGGAAUCUCAGUCCUGAGGUUCCUAAGUGGUUGAAAAGAUUGGUACUGGAGAAAAUGACCAUUUUACUCUGUAUGAGGGACAAGUGUCAAACUGGUGCAUUAUGCAGCAAGAAUUCUGGAAUAUCUUGGCAGAUCGAGAAUGACAGUGUUGGGAAACUGUCUGACAACAAAAGUGAAAAGCCAAAUGACUGUUUGCUAGCACAAGUGUUGUUGGCACAGACACAAGUGUUGGAAGUGUUGAAUUGCAUUGUGAAAGAGGUUGAGUCUAUUCGAGAGGACCUGAAGAAGACUGAUGACCAUGAUGCACGCAAGGAGUGGCUCCAGGUCGGCUACGUCCUAGACACAUUCCUCUUCCGGGCUUACCUUGCCUUGUGUGCAUAUAGACAGAAUGUAAUGGGAGAUGACACAAAUGAGAAAAACAUAAGUAUAAUGAAUAAAAUUGGCUUCAUGUACUCUUUAAUGAUUGCACAGUUACAAAACGUCUUUAGCUUAAAAAACAAUAUGGAAAAUCAGCUAGAGGAGCUGAAGGAGAAUAGAAACUGGUCAGGUUUCAAAGAAAUGCUUACAUUUAUUGACACCUUUAUCACAUUGCAAUCUGAUAAGCCUUGUAUUAGUAAAAUACAUAAGGGGAAGAUGACCAGGAGACGUUUGUCACGCUGGGCUGAAGGUGAGGCUCCAACGAAUAGGUGUCAGCUGGUGGAGUGGAUGCCAAUACAGGAAGAAAUUGAGGAGGCCGGAUAUAGUUCCUUCUCAUAUACAUUAGAGAUCAAAGAAUGGCUUAUUGAAGAAUAA